GCGAGUGCGCUUGGAGACGAGAACACAGAGCCCGCUCAGGAAAUGCUGUCUGGCUUUAGGAAAGAAAAAACAGAUUUAUGGCAAUGUGGAGGGAUCCUGUAGUCCAGUUUGGUGUGUUUUACGCCUUACUGUUCCCAGGUGUCUUUGGUUUUGUUCCUUCUCCAACAAACGUCAGCGUUGUUUGUCACAACUUUGUGAAUGUCCUCUAUUGGAACUACAGUAACCCAACUGAACAGCUGAAAUUCAGUGUAAUGGUCAAACCUUAUGAAAGUGAUCCCCAAACAGUUGACACCUCUCAGACGCACCUCGAUAUCAGCAGCUCCAGCAGAGAUGUGGGGGAUGAUUACUUUGUGUUCGUGACGGCACAUGAUGGGCAAGACAAAUCAGAAAGUGUCUUCAUUAGAUUCACCUACAGCAAAGACUAUUUUGAUGAGAACCGACAUAAAUAUAAAUGCUCUUUGGACUUUCCAGCUGUGAAUACAUCUGUCCACAAAAAUAUGAUUGAAGUGUCCUUUCAGCACCCUUUCAUGCUUCAUAAGCAAGACAUAAUGAAUGAAGAAUUUGAGUACACAAUCACACAUGAUGAGCAAAAGGUUUUAUACUCAUGUUUUGAGGAUGAGGAACUGUGCACUGCAGAAAUCCACUUUAACCAAAGCAUUGCUGGACAGUGUGUUGAGCUGAAGCUUGAAGGGAAGAUUGCUGGUAUCCCUUCAUAUACCUACAGAAACAUUUGUGUCCCUCAGCAGACGCCUGAGACCGACAAAACGGGAAUAAUCGCAGCUUUGCUUGGUGGAGGGACCAUUGUGCUCUUCAUUAUCAUUGGCUUUGUGUGGCUGCUCUGGAGGAAGUGGUCCAAAAUGCCCAAAAUGCCUCCAGCUUUGUGGAACACUCUCUCUGGGCAAUCUCAUACAAUCCUUGUUUCCCACCCUGAGCAGACAGACAUUUCUCCAGUGACAACACUGGGACUCCUGACUGAGGAAGACUGCAAAACAAUCUCAACACUUGAUGACACCGUAGUGGAUCUCCUUGAGGUUUAUGAAGAGGACAUGGAUUGUGAAGAGUCUGAAGGCUUCGGAUGGUCGUCUGACAACGACAGUCCCAAAUUCCUGCAGGAGAUGAGUCCGGGGGACAGUACUGAGGGAUAUGGCCCUCGACCACCAGUGCUUUAGGUCUGAACAUGUGUAAGAACGACACUGGAAAGUGUUUGCAUUUCUUGUGGAAAGAUGGCCUGUUCACACCAAGUCAUUGUAAUCAUUUUUUGGUCCAUUAACAAUUCCCCACACUGAUCAGCAGGCUUGUGUUGUGUGCACUGUGACAAAACUACAUUGCACCCAUUAAAAUCAAAGCUGUGUACAAUGCAGGCAGUGACGUCUGGUUCUCACAGUGCCAUGGUGAGCUUCCCACUAACCUGCAUUAAAUGUGUAAAUAAAAUCAUUUUGCUAGCGAAACAAACAAGUAAAAACAACAAAAGAGCAGAUAAAAAUAUUAAGGGCAUCUACCCAGUAGUAAAAAAGUAAUAGAAAAAUGUAAAAAAUAUAUAUAUAAUAAUACAGACAAUUAACACACAUUUCCCGUACAUUGGGAACUUUAGAAAGUCAUGUGAAUCAAUUGAUGUGAAAUGUGAAAACGAUCAUUUUUACUGAAACGCACUCUGAUGUAGGCAUCCGUUAACCAAUGGAAAUUUCAGCUACUGUAACUUUCACAUUGGAGAACUUUGCCAAGCUGAAUAUAUGACUUGAUCAUGUCACUAUAUGCACAUAUGGGCAGUGGUUUAUUGUUACAUUUGUGAAGCGUUUGCUGUGAUAACACUAUUCUCCUCUACUGUCUACUAAAAGCUACUGUUAAUAUCUGUCACUUUUCUGUAAUUGUACAUUUCUCUGGCAGAAAAGAUGUUAUACAUUGUCGGUUAUGGGUACAUAAAUACAAACCAGAACAGCAUUACUCUGAAUGCCUCAUGAGCAAGCAUGUCAUAAUAUAGUCAUGAUGUUACUACUUAGUGUUUAGAAAAAUGCCAAGAUCUGAGUCCAAGGGGGAAAAUAUAUGUGGCAAGACAUUAAUGUGGCUUUUUUUUUUUUUACUUAAUGCACUUUUAUUAAAAUGCUUCUAUUUUUGCUAAAAUUCUUCUAAUCUUAAAGAUGUGUGCUCUUUGAAAAAUCAAGCAAAUUUGCACUUAAUCAAAUUUGAUCAAGAAUGAGGAACAUAGGAUAGUCUACACUGAUUAGAAAAGGUGACUGUAAAGAAGGCUCCCUCAAUUACAAAAUUAGCUUGGGGCCCCAAAAGAACAAUCCCAUGAUUUACUAAUCGUAUAAAGUAUUCUCAUUUACACUUGGCAGAAGCUUUUAUCAAAAAAAAAAAAAACAUUAAAUAUGUUCGAUGCAUACAUUAGAUCAGUAUGGGUAUUUCCAGGAAAUUGCACUCAUGGCCUCGCUGUUGCAGUUGCCAUAGUUUACCAGUUGAGUUUGUUGAGUUUUAUGUAUGUCUGUCAAAUCUCUGCACUUUGCACUAUUUUUUCUUUUUUAAUGGAGUUAAAAAAAAAAAAUGUAUAUCUGUAUAUUAUGUCUAUUUGAAGUUGUAAGACAUUUUAAUCACAAUAAAUGUAUUGACUGGCUGCUUCA